UCAGACGUGCUAGUUUUUGAACUUUUCUUAUGAACAUAUACUGUACACAUUUAUAUGCUAUAAUAUUACAUUUAGAUUUAUCUAUUAACACAAGUUAUACGUGAAUUCACAGAUAUUGUUAUUGUGCGGAUGGUUAUAUGCAUACUAACUUUAUAUCUUAAUUGAUAUAACGUGAUCAGCAAAAAAUGACAACUGCAAAAGUAGCAUACAACUAUCUCGGCAGGUCGGGGGUCCAAGUCUCGAACAUAUGUUUGGGUACCAUGACAUUUGGCGACGGGGUUAUGCCCAUUCCAACACAACUGAAUGAGGAAAUGUCACACAAGUUGAUGGACAGAUAUUUUGAACUAGGAGGUAAUUUCCUAGACACCGCUAAUGUUUAUGGUCUUGGUGCGUCGGAGCGGGUUGUUGGCAACUGGCUUAAGAAAAAAGAUCGGAGCAGCAUUGUACUAGCAACGAAAUGUCGUUUCCAUGUUGAUCGUUCAAAUAUAAACAAAGUUGGUUUGAGCCGACGACAUAUUAUUGAAAGUUGUGAAGAAAGUUUGGAAAGACUUCAAACUAAUUAUAUCGACCUGUUACAGUCACAUGCUUGGGAUAAUGCCACUCCGAUAGAAGAGACGCUGAGGACAUUUGACGAUCUCGUGAGAUGCGGGAAAAUACGAUACUUUGGUGUCAGUAACGUCUGCGGAUGGCAACUACAGAAAAUAGUGGAUAAAAUUGAGAUGAUGGGACUUAAUUCAUGUGUAUCACUUCAGCAACAAUACAAUUUGCUUGCACGUCAAUCUGAAUUCGAAGAGUUUAUGGUGUGUGCAAAUGAAGGCAUUGGGGUAUUGCCAUGGAGUCCUUUGAAAGGUGGGCUUUUAACCGGGAAAUUUGAGAGAAACAAAACACCAGACGCAAAGGGAAGUAGAAUUGGAUUUGUUCACCAAGACGAGUCUAAAGCAAUGCAAGCUGCGCCAGCAUGGAGUCAAUAUAACGAUGACGAUAAUUACUGGAAGCUAAUGGACGCCAUGAAAGAUAUUGCUACGAAUCAUGGUAAAACGGUCCCUCAAGUAUCACUCCGCUGGCUUCUACAGAAAGAUGUCGUUUGCUCGGUUAUUAUUGGAGCCACGUCUUUAAAACAACUUGAAGAUAACAUGGGUGCAAGUACAGGAUGGGAACUGUCGGACGAGGAGAUGACUCGACUUAACGAGGCCAGUCCCAGGGUAAAUUUAUAUCCCUAUGAGAUGAUAUGGCGGGCAGGAAAUAAUAGAAUCAAUCCAUUCAACAGAUCUAACAAUGUGUAAAAGUUGUUUCCGGCAGUUUGUAAAGUUUGACUUUUAUGUAACAGUUACAGUACUGAACAUAUUAUAUGCAAUUUUUCUAAUAUACAUUUUUAUCAUUCACGAUUAACAGUCAUGAUAUCUGAAAAAUUUGAUAUAUUCAUUCCCACAUUUAACUUGUUCGUUUAUUAAGUUUGUUUAUUGGUCAUAUUUUACAGAGUAAUUAGCAUCAUUAUUGCCAACUCCACUUUAUAGUAAUGACAGCAAGUCUGAAAAGGUAAUUGGAUACGUAAAUUAGUUCUUACGUUGAUUAGACAGAAUAUACAUGUAAUUAUGUCAACUUUUACAUGAAAAUACACUUAUUUCAAAACCUGUAUUGUGUAACUGAGGUUUGGUUUUCAACUUUCUGCAGUACUGUAGAUAUGUUUACUACAUUGUAUUAAGUUAGUAGUAUAUAUUGAAUAGUUUAUUUCAUUAUCAUGUAUUGCACUGUGAUGUCAUAUAUAUUUGUAUUUAUAUAUGUCUAUAUUUUCUUCAUUGGGCCAAAAGCCUUAAAGGAAAUGAAAUAAAUAAACUGAAAAACUA